UUUCAGAGACCAUGACCUUGCCGCCUCGCUUCACAAUGAAAGCCCAAUGAUCUUCCUUAUCUUUACUCGUCUUAGAACCAUCCGUGAAAACAACUGUACUUUUAUACAUAUCCAGUGUCUUUUUCUGACAUUUUCUUAAUUCUUUAUGCCUAAUUAUUAAGUCUGGAUCCAAGAGCAUAUUUUCCCAUCUCUGCCAUCGAAUAUUUUGUGCACGAGCGUCUUUAACUUUAUUUUUAGAAAGAUGAGCCAAUCCUGCUGUAUUCGUGUUAAUAAUUAUCUUCUGCCCCCGUGCCAGACCUUUCAACUCGCAAUACCUUUUACUGAGUGCAGCAAGUUGUUUUUCCACCGGAGUAAAUUUAGUUUCUGGAUUUUCCCAACUACCUGACAUAAUCCUAAUAGCUUCUGCAGAGAUUGGAUGCCCAGUACAGACCAUCCUUCUGUACUAGCAACUCUCCGUGCCGAUGGGGAGCGACUGGCUGACCUCAUUUGUCCGGCCAUCCCAUUGAGGAGCAGAUGGAUGAGAGGAUCCUGGCUGUUUUUGUUCAUCUCUCCGUUUAAGAAUUUUUUCCAAUUCUUCUCGAUUUGUAUUAGACAUUAAUAAAUGUAUUGUUACCUGACCUUCCUGAGACAUAUCUGUGAUACCUGAUAUUAUUCCUUCUAUUACUGAUGUUACAGGAUGUUUAAAUUGCCCAGUUCCCAUUAAAGUCAUAUGUAUCUGACUUUCAUUUCUGCUUAGUGUUUCUCUUAUCACGGCUGCUGUUAUCGUCCUGGCUUCCAGCCAAGAACGUUCUCUGCUACACAGCUCUUCUCGGCAGUCCGUCAUUACAGUAUGUGCCACAAAAUUCCACUGAGGGAGCCCAGAUGUCAUUCUGACCGUUGCUGCAUUUUGGGGUCCAAGCUGAGCCCUCAUUUUCUCUAUUUCCUGUAAUGCUGGAGUACCUAAUCUACUGAAAAUUGCUUCAGCCGUUCCAGAGCCAGUUAUCAUUUGUUUGUUUCCAUUUAAUAUUACAAUGCCUCCUUCUGUUUUCUCAAUUAAGCUGUCACGAACUAAAAGUCUUAUUUCACCUAUGUUUAACUUGUACAAUUCUGGGGUAGGUGUAUAUGGAUGGGCCAUGGUAAUAACACUUUCUCUAUCCUCCUCUUCAUUUACUGGUAGAGUUAAUCUAAUCUCUGCUGCUUGUUCAAAGUCAUUAAUGCCAAGCUGAUAUUUCUUGACUUUUUCCAUAUCCGGUAUAUCUCCUCUUACUUUCUUUAGUGCUUUACCGGUCAUACCAAAAAUUUCUAUUUUGCCUUGAUCCCUUUUACUAAUAGUAGCUAUUAUAUUUUCUGCUUCUGGCGUUUUACACUGUAACUGUAUAGUACAAGCACGAUUCCUCCCUAAUUCCUGCAUCCAUUGUAUGACUGCCAGACCUACUUCACUUUCCUUAAAUUUCCCUGCUUUUAGUCCUUCUGUUGAGGGGAGCCACAGAAGUAUUUCUCCUGGUUCCGUUUCCUGGACCGACGUCUCUGCUUAAUGUAGUCACACCCCUGCAUGGCAUUGAAGCACACACCCUCUUAUCUCUGAUCAGACUCCUCGGGAUCACUUGUGAAAUUGUUUAAAAGGGGGUUUGAGGAGUUGCUGUUCAUCAGAACUCUACAGCUAUGGACUCAAGAACAGUGUUGGUCUUAUUAUGGAUGUUGCUGUCGUCCUCCACUGGAAUCAAACUAGAUGGAAAUGGUUAUGUUGAUGUUACCAUUGCAAUCAGUUCAAGAGUACCACAGGAUAACACGCUCAUUGAUAAAAUCAAGGACAUGGUCACUAAAGGGUCGAUUCAUCUUCAUCAAGCAUUGGAUAAAAAGGUUUAUUUCAAAGAAGCAACGAUACUCGUUCCACCCCACUGGAAUAGUAAGGAUUUUACCAAAGCAAGAACAGAGUCCUAUGAAAAGGCAAACAUAAGAAUUGAUAAUGCUAAUCCAGCAUAUGGUGAUGAACCCUACACUCUUCAAUAUGGUGAAUGUGGAGCUGAGGCUCAGUUCAUUCAUUUCACCCCAAACUUCCUCCGAAACGACACACUCAUUAAGACUUAUGGGUCAAGAGGAAAGGUCUUGGUUCAUGAAUGGGCUCAUCUGAGAUGGGGCGUGUAUGAUGAAUACAGUGACACAAAGCCAUUCUACUACUCUAAUGGUCGUAUUAAAGCUACAAGUUGUAGCAAAAACAUUGAAGGUCAGUUUUAUGAUGAAUCACGUCAACCAUGCCAGACUCAUCCACAAACUUUACUACCGACUAAAGGGUGCAAGUUUUUUCCUAACAAAUAUCAAAACACAGACAACUCUAUAAUGUUCUUACCAAGCCUGGAUUCUGUGAGCACAUUUUGUCGUGAAAACGAGCACAAUUAUGAAGCCCCAAACUUGCAAAACAAAAAAUGUGGCAAAGCAACAUGGACUGUGAUAUUUGAGGAUUCUGUUGAUAAAGACGCACUUCGUUCUCUGAAACCACUGCUGUCCUCUCCACCAGCGCCAACUUUCAAAGUUGUGCAGCGAAAGCAUCGGGUUGUUUGUCUCGUCCUUGAUGUCUCCGGAAGCAUGAAAGGCUCCAGAAUCCUCCGACAGCAGCAGGCUGCCACACAUUUCCUGCAGACCAUCAUUGAGGAUCAAGCCAGUGUUGGAAUUGUAACCUUUAGUGAUAAUGCUAAAACUCUGAGCCCCUUGACUACUAUUGACAGUGAAUCCACACGAGAGAAACUCAUCAAAUUGUUGCCAAAAGUAGCAGGUGGAAGAACAUACGUUUGUAAAGGCCUCAAUCUUGGCUUACAGGUACUCGAAAAGGACAAUGGGGAUGUGAUAGGGGAAAUCAUUUUUCUGACAGAUGGUGAAGCAUCAGACAAUAUUAAUAGUUGUGUUCCAGCUGCAAUUAAAAGUGGCGCCAAUAUACACACAAUAGCUUUGGGUGAUAAAGCAGCUAAAGCACUGAGGGAAAUGGCUGACAAAACUGGGGGGAACUUUUUCACAGCCAGUGACGACAUUCUCUCUAAUCAGCUACUGCAUGGAUUUUCUUCACUCACGAUACCAACAGGAGAUCAAACAAAAGACCCAGUUCAGAUAGACAGUGCGGGAAAAAAAACAUCAGACUGGUUCAAUGGGACAAUAUUAGUGGAUCAGACCAUUGGUACCAAAACCAGCUUUACAAUAACCUAUGAAACAAGUUUACCUGACAUUUCCAUACAGUCACCAAGUGGCUCAACCUACAAACAAAUACAGAUCCAUCACUAUGAAUCAGCAAAAACAGUCACUUUAAAAGUUCCAGGAACGGCACAGCCUGGGGACUGGAAAUACAGUAUCCAAACUACAAUAAGUCAGUCUCUGACUGUAACAGCAACGAGUCAAGCGGCACGAGCUGAUGUUCCUCCUAUCGUUGUCAAAACCCGCAUGAACCAGCAGUUCAGUGACGGCACUAAACCCAUGAUAGUGUUUGCUGAGGUCAGUCAGAAUUACAUGUCUGUAAUAAAGACUGAAGUGUGGGCUACACUGGAGUCCGAAUCUGGAUCUGCACAACAAUUACAACUUCUGGACAAUGGAGCAGGAGCUGAUGCUUUCAAAGAUGAUGGCGUCUAUUCCAGAUAUUUCACACAGAUGAAAAAAGGGAGAAGCAGCUUGAAAGUAAGAGUGAAGAAUCUAGAUGGACAAGCCAGAUUCACUGUCCAAAAAAGGGAUGGUGCCCCAUACGUACCUGGAUAUGUGGUAAACGGUGUGGUGGAGCUGAACCCUCCAAAGCCUCCAGUUUCUGAGGAACCACUUGAGGUUGGAAGAUUUACCAGGACAGCCACCGGAGAGAGUUUUGAAGUGGAUUUUACAGGCUCAACCCCACCAAAUUUCCCUCCUAACAGAAUCACAGAUCUGAGUGCUGAGAUCCAGGAGGACUCUGUGUUUCUCAGCUGGACGGCUCCUGGUGAGGACCUCGACUAUGGGACAGCUAAAUCCUAUGAGAUCAGGUGGAGCUAUGACCUUCAAAUGCUUCGAGAAAACUUCAGCAAUGCUCAUGUAGUCAACACAGCUGCCGUCUCACCGCUGGAGGCUGGAUCAGUUGAACAGCAUUCAUUCAAUCUCAGUUUCACAAUCCAAAAUGGCACCACACUUUUCUUUGCAGUUCAGUCUGAAGACAAACAAAAUGCGAAAUCUGAAACCUCUAACAUCGCUCAAGCUUCAAAGAUCCUCCCUGAUCCAAACCCCUCUGCAAUAUCAAACCCAGGCUUGAAUUUGACAGUUCUAGUAAUUUCGUUGUGUGUAAUAAUGGUCAUAUGCUUUGCUGGUGCUGUAAUCACAUGGUCAGUGAGACGCAGAAAAGCUUUGAUAUAAGCAACAAUUGGGAAUUAACAAUUUGGAAUCCAACAACUUUAGAACAUUACUUAAAAUAACCAUUUUUAUCAAACAGAAUUUCUUACUUUCUGAAUAUUUUUCAAGUACAUGUAUUGCUAUCUUAUUUAGAAGUCUCAUUUAUAAUAGAUUCUCAAUCGAUUUAUCUUCCUCUGAAAUGUGAGUGACUUUAAAUACAAAAGAAUAAAAAUAUUUUUGUACAGUAA